GUAUCUUCGUUGACAGCCAUUCCCGUAAACCAGCCGCCUUGUCAAAACAAAUUUGAGCAAAUCCUGCGUGUACCUCUUGGGAUGGCUGCGGUGUCGUGGAGAUUGCUGCCUGACGAGGUGCUCAUUAUCAUUGCUCGCUUGCUCCUGGGAUUCGAGGUUCUGCGGCUCUCGCACGUUGAGCGCCACUUGCUUCAUGUCCUUUCACGCGCAGAGCACUACGUCGCUCGACUGUCACAUGUUCAUUACCAACGUGGAUCGACUGAAAUGCGCGAGUCCGCCUUGGAGUUGAUACAUCUGAGUGCCGACAGUAAACGACACUACGCGCUCGAGAGCUCGCUCCGAUUUGGAGGACAACCCGUUGGGCUGCAGUCCAAGAAACCCCCGCAGAGCUAUGCGCCAGUGUUCUGGUCCACAGACACGCUCUUCGGAUUGUACGCUCGAGAGGAGGACGCUAGUCCGAGUUUCACUUUAGAUGCAUGGUUCAGCUUGUCAUCGGUUGCGCAGGACGUUCGAUACGGCGGUGCCUUGUUAGGUCUACAGAGUGAAAAGUGUCGCGAAGGAGGUGGUCGAUGGCCGGACUUCUACUUUCAGAUUCUUCACGUGGAUGCCGAGAGGAACUUGUACUGUUCCGUGACGGCUGAGAAGCCUUGCGUGGCAAUAAAACUGGAGAUCAGGCGAUGGUAUCACGUAGCUCUUGUGUUUGAGCAGCGAGCUCAAAAGAUAUACCUAGAUGGCGAAUUGGUGAACGUUCAGCUUGACCAGGAGCAGCAGCUCGAGAGUUUUCCCUACUAUUACGCUCAGGUUGGGACAGGCUUCAUCAGCGAUGACUCGUACAGUGGAUGGUAUGGAUUUCAAGGUGUAGUGGACGAUCUCCGCGUUUGGGGUGAAGCGAUGACUUCUGAGAAGAUUACUGCGCUUAGUCACGAUGGCGCCGCGGUGCUGGCGCGACCUACGUUCUCGCUAAAACGCGACGUACCUGUCUGGAUGGCACACGGCGUGGAGAAGGUGCGAUGUUCGCGACCCCGUGAGCGCUGGUGUGAGGUUUUCGCUGCGUGCAAUCGCACUGAAGAUCGCGAGUCUUGGGUAUAACAAAUUUUUAAUCACUGAUUAAUGGGCAGUCCAAUCGUUAGCUGAACCACGCUUGCUGCGCAGCGGCUAGCAAGGCAAAAACAAUAAUUACAACAAGAAAACCAAGGGUGUGAUACCAGGCAUCAUCUUUCCAAGAUAUCUGUGUGUCAUGGAAGUUUAACAGUUCUUUUGGGCUUACAAGUCGUGCAGUUUAAAAUGAUGAACGUACGACGAAUGUACACGACGGAUUACCAGUAAUUGAUUUCUUCCAGGUGAGAUUAAAUUUCAACUACGUGACCCAAUUAUAUGUAAAGCAGAUUGAAAGUACCGUACUUCUCGACAGAAUAAAGCGCUAUCUGGAUUAGAAAAAGUUGAAUAGUACCAGGAAAAUGAAAAAAAAAAGCUAGUACUAUUACGGUAUUAUCUCGCUAGAUAUCAACGGGUGCGGAUUAAUCCUGAGUGCC